AUGGCAACUACCUACGCCCUCCCCCCCAGUAAUGGCCAUGCUGGGCAUGGACAUAGCCACUCGCACGGCAGGAAGUCUGCAACGGAGAGACUUCCUCUACAGCCUACAUCGACCAACGGAGGACUUCACGCCAACAGCGCAGCUAUCUCCUCCAACUUCCUCAAACCUCAGAUGCAACAUCAACCACACAAGUCAAUAGACGUCUUCUACGAUUCGAAUCAGCAAUCCUACAUAUCGAACCAACAGCGGCCAAACAGCUUGCAGCUUCCUACGCCCACCUCCUUCUCCACUCCUACAAUCGCUAGAUCUAAGAGCAUGGAGAGACGGAAGAGUGUAGGGCUCCCAACACACUUGCGCCUAGAAAGAAAUGGAUAUGGUUUUCCUCCUCCCAGCAGCCAGCAAUUCCCGAAAAUAGAUGAAGAAGUUGCAACAAGCUCAAAAUGGAUGACCCUCAGCGAGCUUCUCAAUUCGAUACUCGUGCCUCUACCAUAUGUCCUUGCUUCUCUAGCCUUCACAUCGCUCGUCGCCCCGCGAGGUUCUUUCGAUGGCCUACCUCUAUCAAGUUUCAAGGCCCCAAAGAUCCCAGUCUUGCUGGAGAUAAGCACUCUCACAUCCUUGACGCUCGUGCUUGUUGGUUUCAGAGGCAAGCUCGGAAUAAUGUCAGCGACGGGAUUGGAUAAGAGGAAGAAAUCUCUGACUGGGACGGAAGAGGUGCAAAAGACUCAGUGGAUUCAUAUGGCUCGUAGGAUUGCCGCAAGGUUCCUGACCGUGGGGUUGCCAUUCUAUGCCACAUCAAAGCUUGGAGGCGCUCGUGUCUCUUUGGUCAUGCUCACAGCGCUGGCAUCGAAUAUCAUGACGGUUGAUGAGGGAACUACAGAUCUCACACGGGCGAAAGGCUGGAGUAGGCUGCUGACGCAACGACGGUGGACCCUGGCGUCAAUUCUCCUACAGCUCCUAUCAGAUCUCACAGGAAUCACCAAUUCUUCGGCGGCUGUUGAGAUUCUCCUGGGCUACAUCACUCUUGGUAUAACUGUCUUCGUUCUGCCACCUUGUUUUCUGUCCUCUAGGCCUAGGGUCUCUGUGGUUACCUCCACCGCUCCUGCAUCGGAAUCAAAAACUUCAGCAGUCCUUGCGACACCAUGGGAAAUACCCCCACAACUGGAAGACAGGUCUUCCAAAGUGCUUACAAUGUCGCCGAUGAUAUGUUCUCCGGAAGACGUCAACCUAACUUUCUAUAGUGGUAUUGUACUGGGAAUAUCAAGUGCCAUAUUUUUCGUCUUCUUUGGGCCAAGCGCUGGCACUGCGUCCGAACACCAGCUAGCCUGGACCUUGCUUUCUACAUUCGCAACGGCUCUUGCUUUGACAACGGUAGACCCAAGAAGCCUACGAAGCAACAAGAAAUUUGGCCCUGUUCUUGGGUCACUUCUAUCCUCCUUCGUCUUAAACAUGCUGUGCAGUGAGGCUAUCCUUGCUGAAAAAGAUUCUCGGCGGAUAUUCUACUUUAUGUGUCUGAACUUCGUUUUCAUGAUCGUUCAAACAUUUUAUGGAAUAAUGACCGGAUCCUUGGGUCUACUGAGCGAUAGUAUCCACAUGUUCUUCGACUGCUUAGCACUUGUGGUGGGUCUAUGCGCUGCAGUGAUGAGCAAAUGGCCCCCUAGCACCAGGUUCCCUUAUGGAUAUGGCAAGAUGGAUACCCUUGCUGGCUUCGCUAAUGGCAUUUUCUUGAUGCUCAUCAGCAUCGAGAUCGUCUACGAGGCACUUGAGAGAUUGGCUGGGGGCAACCAAAUUCAUAAUCUUGGAGAGCUACUGACUGUCAGCACCCUCGGCCUGCUAGUGAACAUUAUUGGCAUGACCGCCUUCGGCCACGCACAUCAUGGGCAUGGGCACUCGCACGGCGGACAUGACCAUUCAGAUCAUUCCAAUGAAGGUCACCAGCAUGAAGACGGCCAUCCACACCAUGAUCAUUCUCAUCAUGACCAUGCCCAUCACGAUCAAUCUCAUCCCGACCAUGCUCAUCACGAUCAUUCACAUCACGACCACACCCAUAACGAUCAUUGCCAUCACGAUCACUCCCCUCCAAGACACGAACACCCUUCUCACAGCGCUCAUGGCCAUGACCACCUACAUGAUCAUCUUCACACGGGGCCAACCCCGAGUCCCUCGCUCUACCCCUCUGUACCAUCAACUCCUUCCAAACCUCUUAACCCGGUCUCCCAUGCUCACAGCCACGGUUCCCAUGGUCAUGGGCACCAUCAUCACGGCAACGAAAACAUGCACGGGAUAUUCUUGCACGUCAUGGCCGACACUCUCGGCUCCGUCGCCGUAGUCAUAUCCACCAUCCUUAUCCACUUCUACGGCUGGUCGGGCUUUGAUCCUCUGGCUUCUUGCCUCAUUGCUAUCCUCAUCUUCGCCUCCGCCAUCCCUCUUGUUACGUCUUCUGCCCGCACCCUUCUGUUGACCAUUCCGGAUGAUACCGAGUAUGAUUUACGAGAGGCUUUGGCAGGUUUGAGUAGUCUGAGAGGUGUCGUCGGCUACGCUGUACCCAAAUUCUGGCUAGAAGAGGGUGAGAAUCGGAAAGUUCUGGGAGUCAUUCACGUUAUUGCUGGCAAGGGCGCGGACUUGGAAGAUGUGAAGGAGAGAGCAAUUGCCUAUCUAAAGAGCAGGCACAUGGACGUAGUGGUCCAGGUGGAGCGAGAAGGGAGUGGCAGGUGUUGGUGUCAAGCUGUGAAGUGA